UGAUGGGUGUUACGAAGAUCGUGGUGCAUUCGUGAUCGUUGAUUUGCACUUUGAAGAUACACUACAGACAGCAAUCGUGCCUGAUUUCUGGCUAGUUAUUGAAGAAGGUCAACUGUUUUGUAGUUACCCCCCUAGUAACAAAACAACAAUAACCCCAAUUAAAAUGAGGCAUGUCCAAGACGAUACUUGGGUGACAUAUCCUACUUGGAGAAGGGAUUACGAAUCCUACUCCAAAGCACGGAAAGAUUUGCCAAAUGCUGUUCAGUAUACUGACUUUGCAGAAAGUGAUAGCGAGUCUCAACAAAGUAAAGCAGUCAGUAGAAAAAGUGUUCGUAGAUCUUCAAGAUUGAAGAGGAAAAUAUCGUCAGAUGAAAGUGGAAAUGACAGUGGUCAUGAAACAUUGUUGUCAAAUAGACCCUCACCUCCUCGUUCUCUGGGUUAUGGUUUGCUGAGUCGUGACAUUGAAGAACCCCUUGAUGAUGUCGGACCACAUGCACAGAACCUUAGUGAUGAAUAUGAUGAUCUGGAUUUGAAAUUGGAAGAAUUUGUACGGUUUGAGAACAUGUUAUUGGUUGAUGAAAGAAAACGUGCAUCAUUGGUCCGUUUUGUAAGAAACAUUGGUGGCGCAACAGAGGGAGAUAGCGUACACAGAGCUUGGAAGGAGGUCGUUUCGGUGGAAGUAAGAGCCCAAUGUAAUUGGAAUGGUGUUAGAAGGGGCACCAUUAAAAAACACAAAUUGAAUAAAUCACCAUUAGUCUUGGCUAUGUGGAAUGUGCUUAGACGAAAUCCAGCUUGCAGCAAAUCCACCGAUGCUGCCUUGCAGUUUGAGACAAAAAUAGAAGAUCGGAAUUGGGUUACAGACAUUUUUGUGAAAGGCAAACAUUCCCCGAUGGUUCAACCAAGUCGAGAUGGUGGACUGACGGAAGAUUAA